GACAGCCACUUCACAGGGUCGCUACCAUUAUGUACCAUUUCUAUGUAAACUUCAUAUGCCAGGCCAAACACCCACGAACCGUCCUCUUUGUUUACCUUUUUUUAAGUCUCUGACUUCCACUGCUAACCAUGUAUUAUUACCUAAAUCUAAGAUUGAGGCAUUUUAUUUUAGAGUUGUGGGUGUAGGUGGUGAAUGAGAAUAUCUAAUUUGGAGUAGGCCUACAAGCUAUUAUAAUAAAUUUAACACGACACAAUAAUAACAAAGACAUAUGUUUGUGAUACAUCUAUGGAUAUGGAUUUGAGUGAAUAUUUCACAAUUCUAAAAAAAAAAUCAGGCUUUGUCCAUGAACUACCUAAAUUAUGUGGCAUCUGAUUUUGCAUUGAUGGAUAUGGGAGAGGGAGGUUGGACGAGAUUGAAAACACAAGGUAAGAAUCAAAUAAAAUACUCAUACUGAACGAACCCGGGAAAAAUACUAAAUAUGAAAAUUAUUUUCCUACUGUAUUAUAUUAAAUCCACAUGAGUAUUCUCAAGUUUUUCCCAAAACAAAAAUGGCGUGGAGAAGAGCGUCACCACUUUCAUCUGUGCUCGCUCAGCCGUCUGAAUCGGUCCACCGCCGCUCCGUGAGGUCACUGAGCCGGUCAAGGAAGAGUUGAGCACUUAAUCCCCCGGAAAACUUCACGCGGGUCUUCUUUACCCACCAACCCCGAUCCAUAAACUGCCCCGAAGCGACGCACUACAUCCUAACUACCGGAGGGGGCGCGGUCAUUUUACAGGAGGGGAAAAACAGACUUCGACAGAACACCGGAAAUAGGUUAUUCUCGAUACCAACGAAGAAGAAAAAGUAAACUGCAACAUGGCGACUCCCAUGCACAGGAUAAUAGCUAGGCGGCAAGCGGAGGCAAACAAACAAAAUGUGCGUUGCCAGAAGUGUCUGGAGAUCGGACACUGGACCUACGAAUGCACGGGGAAGAGGAAAUAUGUGCACAGACCGUCGAGGACAGUUGAGAUGAAGAAGAAACUCAAGGAGAAUGAAAAGAAACUCCUCAGCCUCACCGGACCAGGAAGUGAAGACCCCAAUGAGAAGAGAAAUAAAAAGAAGGCUAAAGACGGCAGCGACAGCAGCAGCGACUCGGACGGCUCCUCGAGCGACUCGUCGUCGGACAGCAGCGACUCCUCCAGCUCCUCUUCAGACGACAGCGACGGCAGCAGCGACAGCGACGACGACAGCUCCUCCUCGUCUUCCUCCUCGUCUUCCUCCUCGUCCUCGGAUAGUUCGGACUCGGGAAGCAACAGCGCUUCAGACCAAGGACCUCCAAAGAAGAAGAAAAAGAAGAAAUGAAUAAAUAUUUUUUGCAUUAAGUGGGUGUUCUUGUUGUUUGUUACCCUGAGUAGAUUUUAGCUGUCCACUUAUUUUUUGUUCCUCUUUGUUGGAUCUGAUUGGACGCUUUAGGGCUGUAACACUGCUCUGAAAGUUUGAGCAAAUUAAUGAAAAGAUUAUUUUUGAGUUGAUCGUGCCAAAUUCUCUUUUCAAAACCAUUUUUUAAAAAUAUUUUAUUUUAAUGUGAUAUUUUCUCACGUUUGUAGGUCUACUGACGAUAUGCAUUUUAAUUAUCUGAAGAAACUAAUGUGCUUAUUCAUGUUGAAUUUGUGAUUUUUGUAUUAAAGUAUAUUUUUAGUCGGACUUAAAAGUGUGCUGCUCACAACUUACGUAACACAACGCUGUAACCGCGACUCAAAAGACCGCUGAGACCUAUUAAAGAAUAAGGAAGAAAGGUUUGUUACAUUUUACAUUAGUUUGAAAUUUCAAUUGCUUGUUUUACUGGAACAAUAAACUUGGCUUUUGUUUUGUU